AUGUAGAGACGCAAGCAGGUGAGACUCCAGCACAUCAACUCGGAGGAGGACCAGGGCGAGAAGCCCUGGCAGCAGUCAACUCCAGAGUUCGAAGAUGCGGCCCCAGCGGCGCUGGCAGCGGGGGAGCCGGGUGCUUCAAUGAACCACACAGGCAGUGGCGAUGAAGCAGGUGGGGAAAAAGCCACUGCGAAGCAGCUCUGCCAAGAGGACACUCAUAUCUGUGAGAAAUGCUGUGCUGAGUUCUUCAGCCUCUCAGAGUUCUUGGCACAUAAGAAAGAUUGCACUAAGAUUUCACCUGUCCUCAUCAUGAACGACAGCGAGGGACCAGUGCCUUCAGAGGACUUCUCCAGAGCGGUGCUGAACCACCCACUAGUCAGCCCAAGCAGUAAGGAUGGUCACCAGGGGAGCAGUGGCAGUGCCAAGAAGAAGCCGGGCACGGAGCCUGUAAGGUACUUGAAGGCAAAGGCCGCCCUGCCGCCCUCGCCCCAGGACAGAAGCUAUUUACCCAAAGGCAAAGUGGCCAACACUAACAUGACUCUGCAGGCACUCCAGGGCACCAAGGUGGCCGUGAACCAGCAUGCCGAUGCCCAGCCCACCCCAUUGCCCAGCGCCCAUGGCGUCCAGUGAGUCCUGGAGCAGAUCCUGUGCCUGCUGUUCCAGCAGCUGCAACUCACUGAGCAGAUCCGCUUGCAGGUGAACAUGUGGGCGGCGCACGCCCUGCACUUCAGCGGGACGGAUGCCCUGAAGACCCUGGGCAGCCAUGUGUCCAAGCAGGUGUCUGCCACUGUGGUUCUGCUCAGCCAGAAGGCCGGAAGCCAAGGCCUGUCUCUGGAUGCCUUGAAACAAGCCAAGCUACCUCAUGCCAACAUCCCUUCCACGGUUGGCUCUCUGUCCCCAGGGCUGACUUCCUUUGCCCUGAAGUCAGACAGGUUGCUGGUGCUCCUGAAUGUCGUGUCUCGGCUCCCAAGCGCUUUGCUACCUCAGGCCCCAGGUUCUGUGCUCUUCCAGAGCCCUUUCUGGAAAAGGCCUAAGGACCCUCAGGAGCUGACUUUACGGGGCUUUGCUUACCCUGGCAUUUCCCAGUGCAGGACCCUGUGUCCAAAUAGUGUCACGUGGGCCCCGCUAAACAAAAACACAGGAUCGACCAGAGUACUGCUGACAUGGGGGCCAGCCCGCUUUCUUGGGGCUGCCCUGUGCCCCGCGGAUGCCGAGGACCAUCCCCGCCCUAAGAGAAGAUCAAAAGCCCUGCACACUACUCGGCAGCCAGGCACCCAUGAUCAGCUAGGUCUGUGCGCCACGCUCAUGCUUGCUCUCAAAACCCACACUAGUCAGCCAGCUGCCCUCAGCACGUUGUCCCCGGGAGCCCAGGCCCCAGCCCUGCUGCCCGGGGUGUGCGCUACUUGA